AUGUGGUUCGACCCUUUCCAGGAUCCCGUGCAUAGCGGAAGCUUAGUGCACUGGUUCCUCCCUCUUCUUCUCAAUUAUUUUCAUGACAUUUCUUCAUUAUUUUCCAUUCAACUUUUCACCUAUAGCACUGAGAGGAAUUAUAUUUUCCUUCUUUGUAAUGGAAUUCUUGUUUUUAUAAUCAAGAAUUCAGGGCUAAUUGGUAAUAUUUCUGACCUUAAAGAAAGUCACAAGGAGAAAUCCAGAGAAUAUCAAAAUCCAGUUGUUUCGGAAACAAAGACGGAAAAGGAUAGUUCGGUGCUCAAAGCAUCGCGAGUUCAAACAAAGGCAGAAAAAGUUUUCGAAAAAGUUGUUGAAAUUGAAAACCAAUGUGGAGAAGAAGAAGAAGAAAAAGAAGAAGGAAUAAUGAAUCAGGAUUUGGUUAUUGUUGGAAUAGCUAAUGAGAAUGAAGAUGAAGCUUAUAAUCAAGAAAAUAAUGUUGAAAUUAUUGAAGAAGAUGAAGAAGAAGAAGAAUUAGAAGAAACAUUAGAAGAGUUGCACAAGAAGUGUGAAGAUUUUAUAAAGAGAAUUAAGAAAGAGAUUAAUAUGACGAAUUGAUGCUGCAAAAUUAAUAAUCAAGGAUUAGUAUCUAUAACAAAUAAUAUAACCAUGUAUUUACUAGUUCUGCCUCAAGUUCACUUGAUUUGCUUCACCUUUUCUUUUUCUUUAUCUGUAUGACAUUUUUGUAAUAGAACCCCCACCCCCACCUCGCAGUUCCAUCUUUUUGGAUACUAUCUUUUUGGAUA